UCCUCCUAGUGUUUCUGAUGACUAUGUUGGUUCAUCAUCCUUCUCUUACCGAAGCUGAGAUGAUUCUCACGGUGGUGAACAACUGCCCCUUUACCAUAUGGCCAGCCAUCCAACCCAACGCCGGCCACGCCGUUCUCGAACGCGGCGGUUUCGCUCUCCAAACCCUAACCCACCGCUCUUUCCCUGCUCCAACCCAACACUGGUCCGGCCGUCUUUGGGGCCGUACCGACUGUACCUACUCCAACGGUCGUUUCUCCUGCGCCACCGGUGACUGCGGUGGUCACUUAGAGUGUAACGGCGCAGGUGGUAUUACCCCAGCUACCCUUGCUCAGUUCAGCCUCCACCACGGUCACAACGAUCUUUCCUCCUACGCCGUCAGUCUUGUUGAUGGCUUCAAUAUCCCCAUGACCAUUACCCCUCAUGAGGGUAAAGGUCUCUGCCCUGUCGUUGGUUGCAAGGCUAAUCUACUUGCUACCUGCCCUACCAACUUGGAGCUGAGAAGCCCUCAAGGCCAUGGACCUAUCGUUGCCUGCAAGAGCGGAUGUGAAGCUUUUCGUACGGAUGAGCUAUGUUGCAGAAACCACUACAACAGCCCACAAACUUGCAAGUCGUCUAGCUACUCGGAGUUCUUCAAGCAUGCUUGCCCUGCUACCUUCACCUACGCCCAUGAUAGCCCUUCGCUUACACAUGAAUGUUCUUCUCCCCGUGAGCUCAAGGUCAUCUUUUGUCACUGAGCAGCAGCAGCUAGUAUAUAUGGAUCAUCUUUGUCCUUGUGUUCUUGUAUUUCUCUUUCAAGCCAAAUCAUCU